GAGCCUGCCCGCCCUUGGCGGCCACCAGUGGCCCGGGCCGGUGUCACUCACUGGAGCGGGGGGAGCUGCGGGGUGAGUCACCGCCAGGAAACCGAUUGCAUCAGGAACGGAGCUGUUUUUCCACCCGGGACUCCCGGAAAAAAAACCCCCGUUCCCCUCCAUCCCUUCCCUCCUCAGCUCCAUGGAGGUGGAAGCCGAACCCUCGACCAGCGGCGGCUGCGUGGCCUUGGCCUCGGCCUCGUCCUCCACGGCCACCUUCAAGGAGGAGCUGCUGUGUCCCAUCUGCUACGAGCCCUUCCGAGAGGCCGUCACCCUUUGCUGCGGCCACAACUUCUGCAAGGCCUGCGUGAGCCGCUCCUGGGAGCGCGGCCACCAUCUCUGUCCCCUCUGCAAGGAGACCUCCUCCUUCGACGACCUGCGCCUCAACCAUACCCUCAACAACCUGGUGGAGAUGGUCCUCAAGGAGGAAGGGCAACCCCGCGGCCGGGCGGCCGUCCUCUGCCCUCUCCAUCAAGAAGAAGCCAAGCUCUUCUGCCUGCAGGACAAGGAGCUGGCCUGCUUGCUCUGCCAGAGCUCCAAGCAGCACGAAGGGCACAAGAUGAGGCUGGUGCAGGAGGUGGCAGCGGAUUUUAGGGCCAAGCUGAGGAACAUGGAGACCUCCCUGCGGCACAAGGCCAAGGACUUCUCGGCCGUGCAUCACUCCUACGAGUCCAUCUCCAAACACAACCAGGUGGAAGCGGUCCGGCUGGAGGAGCAGAUUGGGAAGGAGUUUGAGAAGCUGCACGAGUUCCUGCGGGAGGAGGAGAAGGCUCUGCUGGCCCAGCUGCAGGAGGAGACGCGGCGCAAGAACAACCUCAUCGAGGGCAAGAUGAAGCGCCUGGUCAAGGAGAGGCAGGCCCUGCUCAACGAAGCCUUCCAGCUCCAGGCAGACCUCAAGGAGGAUGACUACACCUUCCUCAUGAGCCACAAGAACCGCAAGCGCAGGAUCGCCUGCACGGCUGAGGAGCCCGAGGCUGUGCCCUCUGGGAUGCUCCUCGAUGUCGCCAAGUACCUGGGCUCCCUGCAGUACAACGUGUGGAAGAAGAUGCUGGAUAUCAUCACCGUAGUCCCCUUCAGCUUCAACCCCAACUCGGCGGGGUGCUGCCUCUCGGUGUCUGAGGACCUCACCAGCGUCACCAACGGGGGCUUCAAGCUGCUGGUGGAGAACCCCGAGCGCUUCACCUCCGCUCCCUGCGUCCUCGGCUCCCACGGCUUCUCCACCGGCUUCCACACCUGGGAGGUGGACCUGGGUGGGGUAAAGACCUGGCGGGUGGGGGUGUCCCGGCCUAGUGGUGGCACCCACUGCACCUUCCACCACGAUGCCCGCUCUGGUUUCUGGUACAUCUACCGCCUGCCCGGGAAGGAGGGCGAGGUGUGCCGGGCCUCCAACGCCGCGCGCUCUGAGGUGCUGGUGGGCGACCUGAAGCGCGUCCGGGUGGAGCUGGACUGCAACGAAGGGGAGCUCUCCUUCUACGACGCCGACCGCAAGACACACAUCUACACCUUCCACGAGAAGUUUGGGGGCACAGUUUUCCCUUAUUUUUACGUGGGGGGCAGGCCGGAGGGUGCCCUGCCCGAGGGGCUCCGCAUCUGUCCCCUCCGCGUCCGCAUCCACGAGGAUGUCCCCGUCUAAGUGGUCGCCCCUCUCCUGCCACCGCUGCCUCUUCCCUGCAUUUGGGGUUCUCCAGGUGCUUUUUCAGCUUUCCUUAAGGAAAAGAAAAAAAGGGAAAAAGAAGUAUGUAUGUAUGUACUGCCUCUUUUUUAAAAAAAUCAUUAAUAAAGAUUCUGCUCUUC